UGUGCCCUAAACUGUUGUGGAAUUUUUGUUUUACAGGUUGAUCCAGUUGUAUAUAACAUGCUUCAUGAGGAUCCUGGUAAUGUUAGCUACUCUGCUGUGGGAGGGCUCUCAGAUCAGAUUCGAGAGCUUAGAGAAUCUAUAGAACUGCCUCUCAUGAAUCCAGAGCUCUUUUUGAGGGUGGGAAUCAAGCCUCCCAAGGGUGUUCUUCUUUAUGGACCUCCUGGAACAGGAAAGACAUUAUUAGCUAGAGCCAUAGCAAGCAACAUAGAUGCCAACUUUUUGAAGGUUGUGUCGAGUGCUAUUAUUGAUAAAUAUAUUGGUGAAAGUGCUAGAUUGAUUAGAGAGAUGUUUGGGUACGCACGUGAUCAUCAACCAUGUAUUAUAUUUAUGGAUGAGAUUGAUGCCAUCGGUGGACGUCGAUUCAGUGAGGGAACAAGUGCAGACCGUGAAAUCCAAAGAACACUCAUGGAGUUGCUUAAUCAGCUUGAUGGAUUUGACCAGCUUGGGAAGGUUAAAAUGAUUAUGGCAACAAACAGACCUGAUGUUCUGGACCCUGCACUUCUUCGACCAGGCCGUCUAGACAGGAAGAUUGAAAUUCCAUUGCCAAAUGAGCAGUCAAGAAUGGAAAUCCUUAAAAUCCAUGCUGCUGGAAUUGCCAAACAUGGUGAUAUUGACUAUGAAGCAGUUGUGAAGCUUGCUGAGGGGUUCAAUGGUGCUGAUCUUAGAAAUGUUUGCACUGAAGCUGGGAUGUCUGCAAUCCGUGCAGAACGUGAUUACGUCAUCCAUGAGGAUUUCAUGAAGGCCGUCCGGAAAUUAAAUGAGGCCAAGAAGCUUGAAUCUAGUGCUCACUACAAUGCUGACUUUGGAAAGGAUUGAAACCCUGUUUAUCAUGCUUGAUUUUUCCGAUAGCAUGCAAUGCAACUCAGACCCUGAAUGAAAUGGAGGAGUUCAGAUCUUGUACCAUUUGUUGUUACUGUCAGUGGAAUCGCUGCUUGUCUAUUUCACGAAAACAAUAGUGUCAGCAAGGAGAUAUGCAAUUCUAUUAUGGUUUCAGUCUUGGCAAGCAACGUUGUUCUUUUGGAGCUGUCAUUUGUUGACUGUAAUGUGGUAGUACGCGAAUUGCAGCGUUUCCAUUUUAUUCAUAUAGCUGUUUUUUUUUAACCCGGUUUAGCUGAAUCAUUUUCUACUCAACUGAAAUGCUUAUAUUUGAUCGUUA